UUAUGUGUAACAACACUUGAAGGGCAUAUUCAUUAAAAAUAUUCUUUUUGGUGGUGUUUGGUUCGCGAGAAAGUUAGAGUGGUGGAAUUUUUGUAUUCAUCAUCGGAAUGAAGACGGCGUGUGUGGUCGGAGGGAGUGGUUUCGUGGCUUCUUUGCUCGUCAAACUAUUGCUUGAGAAAGGGUACGAUGUCAACACAACUGUUAGGGACCCUGAAAAUCAGAAAAAGAUUUUUCAUCUUCUAGCACUAGAGAAUUUGGGCAACUUAAAAAUCUUCCGAGCAGACCUAACCGACGAAUCAAGCUUUGAUGCCCCUAUAGCCGGUUGUGACCAUGUCUUCCAUGUCGCAACACCAGUCAACUUUGCUUCUCAAGAUCCUGAGAAUGACAUGAUCAAGCCAGCAAUCCAAGGAGCAAUCAAUGUACUAAAAGCCUGUGCAAAAUCCGGAACAGUUAAGCGUGUCAUUUUAACAUCAUCAGCAGCUGCUGUAACAAUCAAUCAGCUUACCGGCACAGGCCUAGUCAUGGACGAAGAUAAUUGGAGUGACACUGAGUUCUUGACAUCAGUGAAGCCACCUACUUGGGGCUAUCCUGUCUCUAAAACAUUAGCUGAGAAGGCAGCUUGGGAAUUUGCUAAAGAAAACAACAUUGAUCUCAUCACUGUCAUCCCCACUCUCAUGGCUGGUCCUUCUCUUACUCCAGACAUCCCUAGCAGUGUCGGUCUAGCCAUGUCCUUGAUCACAGGGAAUGAGUUCCUCAUAAAUGGGAUGAAAGGAAUGCAGAUGCUGUCCGGUUCAAUCUCCAUUUCUCAUGUGGAGGAUGUUUGUCGCGCCCAUAUAUUUGUAGCCGAGAAAGAAUCAGCUUCUGGUCGAUACCUAUGUUGUGGUGUUAAUACCAGUGUUCCUGAGCUUGCAAAGUUCCUCAGCAAAAGAUACUCCCAAUAUAAUGUCCCUACUGAUUUUGGAGAUUUCCCCUGUAAAGCCAAGCUGAUCAUCUCAUCAGAUAAGCUAAUCAAAGAGGGAUUCAAUUUUAAGUAUGGGAUUGAAGAAAUUUAUGACCAAACCGUGGCGUACGUCAAAGAUAAGGGACUAUUGCCAAAGUGAAGAUCUUCGUAGUUGUAAAAUAUUAAUGUCUUAUUUGAAGAUGGAUUAUGAUUUUCAAACCUAGUAAUAUGGAUACUCUGUUUGAAUUUUCGUUCUAAAUAGUAUUGUCCUUUAAAAAUUAAGGAUGUAGAAUUGCUUGGUUGUAUGCACCCUGAUAUAUUUUGGCCACUUGAUCAAUGUAUUUAGUAUUUGUGAAA